UUCUUUUUUCAAUUUUUACCUCUCAUGUGUGCUUCAACAUUCCUAUUAAAAAAAAAUUUGUUUCCUUUUCAGUUUGUCAAGUUCUCUCUUUGUCUGGGUAGAGUUUUGGGAAUUGAAGUAAGGGUAUUUUACUAGCUGAUAUCAGUUUCGUUUCGUUGAUGUUUAAGUAAAGCAAUGGCUUUUGUGAGAGUUGUCAAGAACUGAGUUGGGCUUAAAGCUGAAAACUUGGUCUUUAGUUUCUUGUCAAAGCAACACGCACAUUGUCUUGAACUAAUUGUUUUGUCAAACCGUAGAGUGUUUUAAAUGAACUACUUUACUUGAAUUUUCAAAUGGGGAGCCUUCUCCUUGGAAUUUAUGGGUAAUUUUGUUGUGGGCAUUAUCGGAAAAUAUCAUCUUUUAAUUAAUAAAUAAAAGUCCGAAAAUUUUGGGAUUUCAUAUCCUUCAUGCUAGAUAAGGCAAUUUUAGAAAGUUGCUAGAUUCGUUUAUAAAAGCUUUCCAUGUGUGUAAUAUUACAGUAAAGAUUUCCUAUAAGAAGCAGGGCCAUGGAGGAAGAUUUUAGUGAUAAUUCGGGCCCUAAUUUUCUUAGAAUUAGGGUUGCCUAGAGACCAUAGAAAGAAGAAACUCCUUUGAUUAAUAAGGUGGGGAAGUUAUAAUUAUAUUUGAGGCUAAUCAACGCCCAAAAAAGAGAUUAAGAGGAUCUGUCCGCAUGACAAAUUAUACUGAAGAUGAAGAAGAUACAGAGGAUGAAAAUUAUGAAGAGUUAGUGGAUCAAGAGUCGGAUCAGCUUAGUAGUUUAAAUAUAAAAAUUUCAGAAUAUGAGGAUUAUCUGGAUUAUCUGGAGAACCUGAGAGAACAGAUAUUGAAGGAAACAGAAGGCAUUUCAUCUGCGUCAUUAGGUACUGGUUCCUUCACGCUUGAGAGUAAGUGGGAGCGUGAUGCUUCUAGUGUUGUCAUUCAUGAAGGUGAAGGUGAAGGUGAAGAUGAUGUUGAUGAUGAUGAUGAGGAACCAGCUUACAGAAUUAGUUGGAAUGAAGGUAAGAAAAUUAAGGUUUGAUAGAAAAACAUAUGGAGACAAAUUACAAUUCCAUCUUCAGAUGGUUGCUGAGCCUGGUUAAUUCCUUUGCAGCUUAUGCAGUUCAUAGAUAAGAAGAUGAAUGUAUAUUUGUUUAGGCUCUGCCUAUUGUCUUCUUGGGCAAGAGUCAAGUGGUGUUGGUCCAUAUUUAGUCACUAAACACGGCAAAGAGUUCAUUUUAGUAGUUUCUUGUGGCCAGAGUAAGAUCUGCAUGUUGGAGAUAGCCUGGGGUGUCUCACUCUGAUAUA